AUGGAGGCGAGCACGGGCUCCUACGCCGUGUGCGUGCGCGGCGCCUGCAAAGCCUACGGGAGCCGCCGACGGCCGCUCAACGUCCUGGAGAACCUGGAUAUGUCCGUCCUCAAGGGCUCCAUAUAUGGGCUGCUGGGCGCGUCCGGCUGCGGCAAGACGACGCUCUUGUCGUGCACGGUGGGCCGGCGGCGCCUGGACGCGGGCUCCGUGUGGGUGCUGGGCGGCCGGCCCGGCGAGCCCGGCAGCGGCGUCCCCGGCCCGCGCAUCGGCUACAUGCCGCAGGAGGUGGCGCUCGUCGGGGAGCUCACCGUCCGGGAGACGCUCUUCUACUUCGGCUGGAUCUUCGGCAUGACGGACGACCAGAUCGAGGAGCGCAUCGCCUUUCUGCAGCAGCUGCUCGACCUUCCGCCUAAAAAUAAGUUCGUGAAGCUUCUCAGUGGUGGGCAACAAAGAAGAGUGUCCUUCGCCGCUGCCCUAGUGCACGACCCCGAGCUCCUCAUCCUGGACGAGCCCACCGUCGGCUUAGACCCCAUACUGCGGCAGGCAAUUUGGGACUACCUUGUCAAAAUCACUCGAGAUGACCACAAGACAGUCAUCAUCACGACGCACUACAUCGAGGAGGCGAAGCAGGCCCACUCGAUAGGGCUCAUGCGGGCGGGCCGUCUGCUCGCAGAGGACUCUCCCAGCCAGCUGCUGGACCGCUACGGCUCGGCCACCCUGGAGGAGGUGUUCCUCAUCCUCAGCUCGAACCAGGGCCCCGUCGACCAGGGCCCCAUGGACGCCGCUCUAGACCAGGCCUCAGUGGACCAAGGCGCCGGCACCCUGCCCAUGACGGCCAGCUCCACCGAGGCCCUGCAUCAAUCCAACGGGGACAUCGCCACAAUUUCACCAAACGGAAAUGACUCUCUGGCGCUAAGGAAGCUCCCAGUGAACAACAACGGAAAGCCUUGCAACGGUGGCGGGUACGACGUGCCGGUGCGAGCGCGGCCGCCCUUCUCCAACAUGUUCAAGGGCCACGUCAAGGCGCUGCUGGCCAAGAGCUUCCUCCGCAUCCUCCGGCACCUCGGCGCACUCGGCUUCAUCUUCAUCUUCCCGGUGCUGGAGGUGGGGGUGUUCUUCACGGCCAUUGGCGGCGACCCCCAGGGGCUGCAGCUGAGCGUCGUCAACGAGGAGUUGUACGCCAUGAACCUGUCCACCUGCGACGAGUACAGCUCCCUGUUCGGCAAGCCGGGCUCCACGUACACGGGUGGCACGGAUGACGACUACGGCCAGCCCGUGGGGAACUGCUCGGUGCGGAUGCUGUCCUGCGCCUUCCUGGGCUACCUCGACCACCGCAUGGCGCACCAGGUCUUCUACAAGGAGAAGGGCGAGGCGCUCAACGUGUCCCGGGCCGGCGACUCUAUCGGCGUGCUGCACUUCGGACCCAACUUCACCGAGUGGCUGGAGGCACGGCGGCGCUACGGCUCCGAGCUCACGGCCGAGGAGGUGGACCAGGGCGAGAUCCCCAUCUGGCUGGACAUGUCGAACCGGCAGCUGGGCACCAUCAUGACCAAGAGCAUCGUCGACUCGUACCACGCCUUCUCCAGGGACCUUUUGAGCACCUGCCACGCCAACCCCAAGAUAGGCGAGAUCCCCGUGCACUUCGAGGAGCCUGUGUACGGCGUGGAGAACCCUAAUUUCGCCGUGUUCGCCGCCCCGGGCAUCAUCCUCACGAUGAUAUUUUUCUUGACCACUGGUCUCACUGCGACGGUAAUGAUUACUGAGAAACAAGAAGGAUUGUGGGACCGAAGUUUAGUUGCAGGAGUGACAGCAUGGGAGUCAUUACUUGCCCAUGUGGUUACACAAGGUGUUCUUAUGGGUAUUCAAGCUGCCCUUGCUCUCAUCAUGAUGUUCUUGGUGUUUAAAGUUCCUUGUGCUGGGCACAUGGGUGACGUUAUUUUCCUUGUCUUUAUUACUGGAAUGACUGGAAUGUGCUUUGGGUUUUUUGUUUCGGUAUCAUGUGAAACUGUAACAACAGCCAACUUUUUAUCCCUGGGUAGCUUUUACCCAAUAAUUUUAUUAAGUGGGGUAAUUUGGCCAUUAGAAGGAAUGUCGACAGUUCUACGUUGGAUUGCACUUUGUCUACCAGUUACACUAUCUACUACAUCACUUCGAAAUAUAAUGCUCAGAGGCUGGGGACUAACCGAACCUCAGGUGUACAUUGGUUUCGUUGUAACAGGACUAUGGGCCGCAGGUUUAAUUACUAUUUGCAUGAUUAUACUUAAAUAUCGUAAGUAGUUUAUGUUUUCUUGAAUGCUCAAAUAUUGUAUUGUGAGUUGGCUUAGGUCCUCACAUUGGAUAAGACUUAAUUAAUCAACCCAAGUUUAACUGAAAUGAAAGAGGAGGCUGUGAAGCCGCAAAUAGGUGUAAAUCAGGAGAAGGGUUGAUAUUUAUGUGAGCUUUUUGCUUCUAAGAUUUCACCACUUCACAUACUUGAUACUCUCUAAGCAUAAUAAAUAUAAGAUAUUUACCAGUAAGUUUCUAGGCAAUGGCUGGAAUGGUUCAAAGCCUUGGCAUUAUAGUCAGUAAAUUGUAAGGUUUUCAUUAUUUAAGAUGAAUUAUCAAAAAUAUUUAUUCAGUGUUGUUGGUAAAAUAGUAUCAGAUGCCAACCUCAUAAGUCCAGGAACUAGGAAAUGUGUGAUAUCCCAGUCUUGAUUUGUUUGGAUUUAGAUUGCAUUGUUACAAGAAAAUGUCAUAACUGUGCCUCAUGAUAUCCAAGUUAUAUCAUUAAUUUGUUCUUGGACUUUUAUUAUGUGAUAUGUACAAAUUAUCGUUCUUUUUGAUAUAUUUCAAUAGCAAAAUCUAGUAGGAUUAGAUGAAUGUUUUAAAAUGAGGGUGUUAAAAGCAACAAAUACCUACUUUAACGCAAGGAGGCAAGCAGAUGGCAAAUGUAUCCAUUGCCACAUUAGGCCUAACUGAUCAAAUGUGAUGUACAAAUAUAAUAAUUUUUUGUUAUGUUGCAUCAUUUACUAUUGUACUGUACUGUGAAUAUGUCUAAUUGUAGAAGUGUAAACAAUGAGAGCUCUUAACAUUUACAAAAUAUGUCAUGACAGUUGGAUUUCAUAUUAUGUAAGUGACUAUUUAUUCUUAACGGCCUUGUGAACCAAAAUCUUAUUUAUUCACAAGAACUCUUUAAAAAAAUUAAGCUGGCCUUUUAGGAAAUUAAAACAGCAUUAAGACAUCCAACCAUUUAAAUUUGUAAGUUUAUUUACCAAUCAAUAGUCAGAGGGGAUUUUAAUGGCAGUCUUAAAAUACACAUCCAGAUGGACAAAGAAAAUUACCACUAUGUAUGUUUGAGUUGAAUAAAAUAAAAUAUGUUACUGUGGGAAAGUAGAUACAGUACAAAAUUA